CAAGCCAUGGAAAGUAAAAACAAGUUCCUUCAGACCACCCUGACCAACCUGCAGACCGCCAUGCAGCUGGUCGCGGAGAAGUAUAAUCUUGUGAUCACUGAGCUUUCCCAGUGCAAGGUGAAUGCUGCCAAAAACCUAUCCCAGGGAGUGACAGCAUUUACAUGUCCUGGAGGGUUCAUCGAUAACAAAGCUUUGAAGUCUUGCUACAAAUUUGUUGGCUUGCCAGAGAAAGCUUGGAAUGAAGCAGACAGAGAGUGUGGAGAGUAUGGUGCAAGACUUGUUGCCAUAGAAACAAAAGCAGAAAAUGACUUUUUAAGGACAACAAUAGAACAAGACAGUAAUUUGAGAAGGAGGGACUUUUGGACUUCGGCACAUGAUGUUGGGAGGGAAGGAAGAUUUAUGUGGAUGUCCACUGGUAAGAGACUGGAGUACACCAAGUGGGACUCCAAAAACCCAGAUAAUGGCAGGAAGUCUGGAAAUGAAGAAGACUGUGUGCUACUAGAUCAUGAUGAAGAUUUCUACUGGAAUGACGUGGAAUGUCAUAGAACCAGGGGAUACAUUUGUGAAAUGAACUAUUGAGGAUGAUAGAUUCAGGAAGUUAGAAUUUCUCUGAAUUUAACCCAUAAAAUGCAGUACACAAUGUUAGAACUUGAUAAAAUACACGGUAGCUCAACAUAUCCAUGAGAAACUAGAUACUACUAGUAUCUAGUA